AUGGCCAACGGUGUGUUUGCGGUGACGGUGUUCUUCAUCUGCUUUCGUGAAUGUCUCGAAAGUGUGAUUAUCGUGUCCGUGCUUCUGUCUUUCCUGAAGCAGACGCUAGGAUCGGAAGGUGACACAGGAACACUGAAACGAUUAAAUCGACAAGUAUGGCUUGGUGUAGCAGGGGGUCUUUUCAUAUGUCUCUGCGUCGGAGGUGGUAUGAUUGGCGCCUUCUACGGCCUCGACACCGAUGUCUUCAGCGGUAGUGAGGACAUCUGGGAGGGUAUCUUCGGGUUUAUUGCAUCCAUCAUCAUCAGUAUCAUGGGUGCCGGUCUGCUUCGUGUCUCGAAGCUGCAGGACAAGUGGCGGAUCAAGUUGUCCCAGGCACUUGAGGAGAAAGAGAAGGGUCCGGCCGGCAUCAUGCAAAGGUUCAAAGACUGGUCCAAAAAGCACGUCAUGUUCCUUCUCCCUUUUGUGACGGUUCUUCGUGAAGGUCUUGAAGCCGUCGUGUAUGUCGGAGGUGUCGGUCUUGGUCUCCCCGCUACCUCCUUCCCUCUGGCCGUCGUUUGUGGCCUUGCUGCCGGUAUUGCUGUUGGAUACAUUCUCUACAGGUGUGGUAACACUGCAUCCCUGCAAUACUUCCUGAUCAUCUCGACGUGUUUCCUCUACCUUGUCUCCGCUGGACUGUUCUCUCGCGCCAUCUGGUACCUCCAGAACAACGCCUGGAAUAACAUCAUCGGCGGCGAUGCUUCCGAGACGGGAUCCGGAGCUGGUUCGUAUGAUAUCCGUCAGAGUGUCUGGCACGUCAACUGCUGUAACCCCGAGCUGGGUAGUGGUGGUGGAUGGGGUAUCUUCAACGCUCUGUUCGGAUGGACCAACUCCGCCACCUAUGGUUCCGUGUUGGGAUACAACCUGUACUGGAUCUGUAUCAUUCUCGCCUAUGUCUGCAUGUGGUACAACGAGCGGUACGGCUAUAUUCCUGUGAUCUCAGCCUGCAUGAGCCGAAUUCGCCCCAGGAAGUCUGCCAGUCGAUCCAGCAGCGAGGGGGUGGUUGAGGUGACUGAGAAGAGGAAGGAGGCGGACCUGAUGCCCGCUCAUAUCAUGACUCGCGAGAUCAACGAUGCCUGA